AAAAGAAUUUGCGUGCGCAUACACACAUAAAGCCUUGAACAGCUUGAACAACGCAUAGAAGUUUAUAACAAGGUUAUCGGCACACUCCACACCGUCACGUUAUAAUAUACAGUAUAUAUUUAAUUAACCCGUCAACAUUGAAACCUAAUGAGUACAUCGAUGAACGUGAAGCUUAUUCUGGUGUUAUUCACAUUUAUGGCUGCUUUACUUGACAUCAAUUGUAUAAUUCCUCAAACACCCGAGGAAGCGUGUGUACAUCUUGACACAAACUUGAAAAACUACUGUAAAUUGGAUUUAACGAAACAAAAGGACAUUCGCUCUUGCUUUGUUGAAAAUGGUAUUCAAAUGAACUUGGAAUUCGCUAAAAUCUGUGUUAACAAACAGAAACACUUGCAAACGUUGGGAGAGAUAAGUGAUUACAUUUGCUGUAUUCUAGAGAAAGAUCCGGAAAAAUAUAAAGAACUUGUCUGUUGCUACAGUUCGCUUGAACUUUCUUGCAGUAAAAUCAAUCCGGCCAUGUAUUCGACUAUCGAUGCAUGCCUGUAUCCAGCGGUAGUAAAAUGUUAAAAAAAAAAAAGUGAAUUUCUUCAAUCUGCAAAGGGUUUAGAACCCACAAGAAACAUUUAAUUGUUAAUUUCGUCUUAUUAAGAAUUAAAUUUCUACUAAAAUUUUCGUAAAUUUUGUAUUCUAUU